UAGGAACAAUCAGCUUUAAACCGCUGUCAUUUAUAAUGUGGUGGUGGUGGUGGUGGUGGUGGGGAGUUUAGGGUGACCUGAGGUUAAUUCUCAUCAUUUGAGACAUCUCCCAGAACUGGCACCAGUCAAAGCCCGCACAUCCUCCCUCUCCUCUCUCUUUCUCACACCCCUGUUUCAUGCCAUCCCUCUGAGUGAUGCUGCUUCCUGCGCGCUAGGGUAAGAGACACCGAGAUCACGCGUGGCAGAUACUUUAUUCUAGGCCUUAUAGAGACAAAUUGGACUGCUUCUUAUUCUUAACACGGAGCUUCGGGUGCCUGCCUGGCCGCAUGACAAACAAGUGCAUGGGAGUAGCCUACGGGGCCCGGCUUUAGAUCACGACCAGCCCUCCACACCUCCUCUCCUCUCCAUCCCUUCCUUCCCCUCCAGCUACAUCGCCAUAGCCGCCUGUGUAAUGUGCGUUACGGCGUUACGCACGGACCGACCGCUAUCGACUCCGGUGAUUUGAUCUGCCUUAUUAGCCUAGAUCGGGAAUAUAAAAUUCAUCUCAUCGUCUCUUUACGGAGGGAGGAUGAGCAGCAAGGAGCUGUCGGUGGGCCAGUCCAGCCAGUAUGUGGGGCCUUACCGGCUGGAGAAGACCCUGGGGAAGGGACAGACAGGACUAGUGAAGUUGGGUGUCCACUGUAUAACAGGGCAGAAGGUGGCAAUAAAGAUUGUCAACAGGGAAAAACUCUCCGAAUCUGUUCUUAUGAAGGUGGAGAGAGAAAUAGCUAUUCUUAAACUAAUAGAGCACCCUCACGUUCUGAAGCUGCAUGAUGUCUAUGAGAAUAACAAAUACCUGUACCUGGUGUUGGAGCAUGUGUCGGGCGGAGAGCUGUUCGACUACCUGGUGAAGAAGGGCAGGUUGACGCCCAAAGAGGCCAGGAAAUUCUUCAGACAAAUCAUAUCCGCCCUCGACUUCUGCCACAGCCACUCCAUAUGCCACAGAGACUUGAAGCCAGAGAAUCUUCUCCUGGAUGAGAAGAAUAACAUCAGGAUAGCUGACUUUGGAAUGGCCUCUCUACAAGUGGGGGACAGCCUGCUAGAAACCAGUUGUGGAUCCCCACAUUACGCCUGCCCAGAAGUUAUAAGGGGAGAGAAGUAUGAUGGUCGCAGGGCGGAUGUUUGGAGCUGUGGAGUCAUCCUCUUCGCUCUUCUUGUGGGUGCCUUGCCCUUUGACCAUGAUAACCUGCGGCAGCUCCUGGAGAAGGUGAAGAGCGGCGUAUUCCACAUGCCCCACUUCAUCCCCCCUGACUGCCAAGCUCUGCUGAAGGGGAUGAUAGAAGUCAACCCUGACAAGAGGCUCACGCUAGAAGCAAUACAGAAACAUCCCUGGUACCAGGGGGGUCGCAACGAGCCGUGUCCAGAGCAGCCCCCGCCUCGUCGGGUGUGUGUGAAGAGGAUCCUGUCGUUAACGGAGCUGGACCCCGACGUCCUGGACAGCAUGUAUUCCCUCGGCUGCUUCAGAGACCGAGUCAAGCUCACACGGGACCUACAGUGUGAAGAGGAGAACCAGGAGAAGAUGAUCUACUACCUCCUGUUGGACAGGAAGGAGCGAUACCCCAGCUGUGAGGAUGAGGAUCUGCCACCCAGAAACGAUAUAGACCCACCCAGGAAGCGUGUGGACUCCCCCAUGCUGACGCGUCACGGCCGGUGUCGACCAGAGAGGAAGAGCCUGGAGGUCCUCCCUGUAACAGAACAGGGGUCUCCCACCCCACCCCGCAGGGCCCUGGACACCUCCGCACACAGCCAGAGGUCCCGCUCUGUUAGUGGGGCAUCUACAGGUCUCUCCUCCAGUCCUCUCAGCAGUCCCAGGAGCCCGGUCUUCACUUUCAGCCAAUCAGAAGUCACUUCCACCUCCGCCUCCUCCUCCUCCUCCAAAGACCCCAAACCGGGAAGUACCACCACCCCGCGGCCGUCCCGCCCGACACCUGACCCAAAAACCCAGACCUUGCCCUCCAAGGGCCCCACUGAACGGCCCCAGCUUCAGUCCAUGAAGUCCCUCCCCCUGCAGGGCCCUCCCUCUCCAUCCCCUUCCCCUUCCCCACUCCUUUCCCCCAUCCCACGCUUCUUCUUCUUCCCCGCUUCCUCCGUAUUCAAAUCGGUCACCAAGAACGUCCACUCGUCCUCUAACUCUUCUGCCACCCCUCCCCCUGUGUCGCAGGUUACCCCGCAGGGCUCACCGCUGCCCACCCCCCUGGGCACACCUGUGCACCAAAUCCAACACCCCUCCUCCACCACCCCUCCCUCCUCCUCCUCCUCGUCUUCUUCCUCCAGAGCGGAUGGAGCUGGUGGGGCCUCGCUGUCGCUGACCCCGCCCUCCAGCCCAGGUGGUAGCGGGGGAUUGGCCGCCUCGAGCUCCGCCCACUGGAGGACGAGGCUGAACUCGUUCAAAAACAACCUGUUGGGCUCGCCUCGCUUCCACCGGCGCAAACUGCAAGUCCCUACAUCAGAGGACAUGUCCAGUUUGACUCCAGAGUCCAGUCCAGAACUGGCAAAGAGGUCAUGGUUUGGUAACUUCAUCAGCCUGGAGAAAGAGGAGCAGAUCUUUGUUGUCAUCAGAGACAAACCACUCAGCUCGAUCAAGGCUGAUAUCGUCCAUGCCUUCCUCUCCAUCCCAUCCCUCAGCCACAGUGUGGUUUCUCAGACUAGUUUCCGGGCGGAGUACAAAUCCUCCGGCGGCCCCUCUGUCUUCCAGAAGCCUGUCAAAUUCCAGGUGGACAUUGCUUUCUCUGAGGGAGAGAGGGAGCGAGAGAGGGAACGAGCAGAGAGGGAAGGGAGGAGGGAGAUGGGCAUCUACAGCGUCACCUUCAGUCUAAUAUCAGGUCCCAGUCGCAGGUUCAAGAGAGUGGUGGAAACCAUUCAGGCCCAGCUGCUAAGUACUCAUGAUCAGCCUUCUGUGCAGGCACUGGCUGAUGAGAAGAACGGCCAGCUUUCCCGCCAGCCCAGCACUCCUUCCCGCCAGAAUUCCCGGCGCUCUGAAGGUGGAUCGGACCGGGAGCGGGGGGAGAGGGAGCGGGGAAGUGACGGCGGGGGGAGCGGAGGCGGAAGCGGGAGUGGGAGUGGGAGCGUCCUCCAGCGGCGAGGCUCGGGCAAAGACAAGACCAGACUCCUCUCGUCGUCCAACGGGACACAGUCUCACCCCUGAAACGAAUGUUUUUGGGAGAGAGGCGGGGGUGACCUAGCGCUGCCUCCCUCUCUCUUCCUUCCCUCUUCCCUUCCUUCCUUCCCUCCCUCUUUCUUUCCUUCCUUCCUUGCUUCCUUCUGUCAUUCCCUAGCAAUGGGAUGGAGGAGGGCGAAGUUGUUCCUUGAAGCUGGAUCGACGGUCAAUUUGGUGAAUUCCCUAAAAACGGCUCGGGCGUUGCACUGAUCUCUGUUCGGUAAUCAAGGGCAGCUUCACCCCGGAGGGAUGAGUCAGAGACAACACAGCAUGUCAAAAAAAAUCUCGACAGGGAAUGCUCAUCAACCCAUACCGACCGUUCAAAACGGCACACCGCCCCUCUACCGACCAACGAGAGGCCGCACAGGUUCAGAAGACGCCCAUCGACCAGUCGACACAACACACGAAACUCUGCUGACCAGUGACAGUCAACUGUCACCAUGCUUCACAAGCGCCGCCUCACUCAGCCAAUCACGUUGUCUCCACAGCAUCACCGGACCAGACAUGGCUAGUCACAUGACAGGAAGACAGCUCUCCCCUCUUCUCCUCACUUGCUAACGGAGGGGACAAAUAAGAGGAAAAAAAUUUAAUGUCGAGCAAAACACCAAAACUAGGAUGUCUUUGUUUUGAGCAAGGAAGGACAGACUUAGACUAUAAGACACUAACAAGAAAAGUCUUAAUUCUGACUUGCUGUUGAAGUGGGUUUCAUCUCUGAAAAUACCCAGCCAGCUUAAAUGCUGUAAGAAACUGAAGCGUCAGACAGCUGGCAGAGGAAGAUAAGUAAUCAAUACUUUACGUAGCUCCAAAGAUGCCAGAACAGUUUGUUGGAAAUCAGAAAUACGACAGCCAGCCCUCUCCCUUAGCUUAUGAGAAACAAUUAUUUCUGAAUAACAGUGAUAUAACUAUGAUACCAUAUUGCCUUUAACGGAGGAGAACCAGUGGUGUAGCUCAUUAGAUUUAGCCCCAUUUUGCAGACACCGCUCACACCAUAGAUAGACGGAAACCUCGCACAUGGAAACUCCCACCGAAAGAGAUUUAGAUGCAUAUAUAGAUAGAGACAAAAUGGAGGACAGCUAGCUAGAGACCCUCAUUUUGUAGGAAGGGAUCGUCAUUGUGUGAUUUUGCUUAUAGAUGAACACCUGUCGAGUGAAAAGCGGGGACUGAAAACCGGGAGAUGACAGGCUGGUCCAACAGGACGGCCAAGAUUGCAGCUUCUCAGAUCCACGAUUCAGCAAACAAACCCCUUCCUGUCCUCAUUUCUGGCUGAUGAGAGGCGCAGAAUGACGCUGGGCGACACCAAAGCCUCCCCCGAAAAAACAUCUCAGCAAACUUUGUCUGUCUGAGAGAAGAGAAGGCAGGUGGAAGGGAAAAAAGUACUUUUCACAAGAAGGGAAACUUGGAAGAUAGAGAAAGAGACUGUCCAAAAGAGAGAAAUGUUGUCGUAAAACUCUGCACACGUACUGCCUGCGGGGGGGGGGAGGCGGUGGAAAAAUUAAGCCACACAAAAAGAAUGAAAGUCUGUAUGUUUUUUCCCAUCCCUUCUUAUUUUUCCUCGGGGGUUUCUGUUAUUUUUGUUUAUUUAUUUAUUUUUUGCCACCAGCAAUGCAGAAGGCGACAAUAACCAAGUGAAUGUGAAACAUUUUUUUUGAAGUUAUUGCAAGAGUGUGUAUUUAUUUUAUUCCAUAUACUUAUUGAAAAUGUAUGUAUUUAUUCUUUUAUUUAUUCAUUCAUUCAUUCAUUCAUUCAUUCAUUCAUUCAUUCACCAUGUGUUUGUUCAUGGCCGUUUGAUCAUUUGCUUCAUUGGUUGAAGUUGAGGAGGUGGGACAAGAUGCACAAGACAAACCUGAACACUUAAUUAAUUUAAUUUAAUUUAAUUUAAUUUAUCUUGCAUAUUUUUUUUAUGUUCUGGAAACUAAUGCUGCAAAAACACCACCACUUCUAGCUUCAUGUUACGUUCUUCCAUCUUCUUCCAAAAUUGUUUCUUGUUGCUCUUUGUUUACUUGCGAUGUUUUUUCACGUCUCAAGAUGAGACAAAACCCACACGUGCACACAGUGAGAGGUUUGCUGCUUGUGGAGGACUUUAUGGGGUUGACAGACAGGCGUAAUUUCCUUCUCGACAUGGAUACCCAUCGACACUUAGUAAUUCACUCGUUUGUUCAUUUGUGUGUUCAUAAAUUCAAAAUGCAGAGUCAUUAUUGACACUCGAAGCAAAAGAGAGCAAGAGGGGAGUUGCUGCUGAAUUGCUUGUGUCUUACUCUGCUGGAAUGUUAUGGAUAAGGGUAAAAAAAAUUAUUUGAGCAAGUAAACCUGUGAGACACAAAACACAGGCCUUUGAAAUCAGACGCCCCUUUGUUCGUCACUGAUUUUUGUCAGAAUUCAGAAUUAAUGAGCGUGUUGCAAAAACCAUGACGCACCGUCCUAAAAACAGCAACCGCAAACACAUCAGAUGUAAUUUCCUGUCAUAUUCUUUAUCUCUGUCUAAACUUUACCAUCUUUCUGUCUUCCUUUUUGUGUGAUCCUUCUAAAAGCUGUCACCCCACCACACACACGCACACACUGAAAGCAGAAUGCAACAGGUUUUGCGAUUUUGCUGUCCCGUUUACUCUCUCUUACUCCCUCUUUGUCUCAAACACACAUACACACACACACACACCCUCUCUCAGCUCCCUCCUUAACACACCCACCCAACCAUUGAAACCAUGGCAUCAUCACCUCCCUAAUUAACUUUCAAUAGCCUCUUCACACGGUUCACACACGUCACUGAAACUGCAAGGAAACAGCAUUGAUUUUUUUUUUUUUUUAAUUCUUUUGCAGAUGUCCGGAGGCACCCAGUUACGCUAUGCGAUAAUAAAUGUAUUGAUUUGCAAAGAACUGGGAUACGCUAUUGCACUCCAACAUCCCGGGGGCUGUUUACACCUGGAAUUAACAUUCAGAUCCAAAUGAAACUUAUAACAAAAAUAAUAUCCUGUCGGUUUAGGGUCCGCACACAAUUUGUGUAAACAUACUAAGAAGGAUGUGGUUUUUGAAUAGUUUUUAAUGGUUUAGGAAAAUUGGUGCCUAAGGUAGUGUCCACACUAAGCUGUAUGCAUUUGAAAACACUUCUUUUUCUUAACUAAACUUGCAUCUGCCACAUAUGACCCACCCUGUUUGAAAACACUCUCCAAAGUGUGUAAAUAUGAAAAAAACUGGUCUGGUGAUGUAAUGUGGAAGGGGAAAAGUAGCUUUUUGAAAAUGCUGACAUAUGAUUGUCAUGUGAUCUAGGCUGUGGUCUAGUAUCAGGUGCUUUAAGAGUUUUGGGGCAUUUCAGCGUUCCAUCUGCACAAAACAUGUUUUUCAAGUGUGGACAUAGCCUAAUUCCUCCUUGGCGUAUUCCCUCUUGAGCUUUAAAGUGGCGCAGCAGGCUUUCUCGACACACUCAUGAUCCAUUUUCAGCCUCUGUUGGGUUUUAGUGGCGGGUGAAGACGGUCUUUCUUCUUGUGAAAUCAUCUGCCCCGCUGUCUUUUCGCCUCCCUGCAGAACAGGGCCCCAUCCCGGCAGUAGGGUGCAUACAUACAGAAGGUCAGAGGUCAGGGCGGUGUAGAGUUACACACACACACACACACACACACACACACACACAAGAAAGAUAAUGUUAUGUCAUAGAGCUGCUUUUUUUGGCGCCAAGUUCACCUUACAUCCACUUUUAGAACGAAAGAAAGUAGAGAAAGAGGGCAGGAGAGGGAGCGGAAAUGGAGAAAAUGCAUAAAAGAAAGAACAGAGGAAUGAAAGAAAAAGAAACGAGGGCUGGUGCAGGCUCAGGCCCCUCAGAGCAGAUUCUGCGUAAAAAAAAAAAAUUUAAAAAAAAUCAGGAUCACAACGGGUAGCUCGGCCUGGCACCCAUUGUGGCCGAGACCCCGCUCUCAAAACUCUCCUAUUGAAAGAGAAAGCUCCCCCCUCCCUUCUCCUUGCAUUUGUCAACCCCGCCGUCCCCCCACCCUCCACCCCCCUUCCCCUCCUCUUUGUAUCUCUUGAGUCCUGCUCCCUCCCCUUCAUGGACUGCAUAUACCUCACCCCCCUUAUAUAAUCACUCAUCCUUCUCCCUUGUAUACAUUUUAUACACUGUAUACUUCAACGUAGACGCGGGGUACGUUUGUAUACACUGUAUGCCUGUCUCUGUCUCCAUUGUAUACCAUCCGUAUCUAUGUAUCUCUCACUAUCUUUUAUCGACACUGUAGUCACCGUACGACUCUUCUUCUUCUCAUCAUUAGUGCUCAUUCUUCCUCUCCAGUUAUGAUUGUAUGGCUAUGAUCUCUCGUCUCCCACCCUCCCCUCCUCUCCCUCCCUCCUCACUCACCCCCGCUACCCCGCCCUCGUACCUUCCCACAAUCUCACCCCUCCUCCCAUCCACUCGCACAGUACAAAAAAAAGUAAAUUAAAGUUUUUUGGUUCUUUUUUUUUUUUCCCUCUUGAGAAAUUUGUGAAAUCGGAAACUCGGGGGAGGGGGGGCGGUCGAGAAAAACAGCAAACAAGAUGAUGACGAUGACGACGAAGAGAAAUGUCUGUAGUAUAAUUUUAAAAAAUGGAAAAGUGCACUAUUAUGACAAUGAUUAUUAUUGCCUGUGAGAAAUACUGACCAAUAAACGACAACAGAAAUA